AUGACUUUUAAAAACGAAAAGCGCUUCAAAACUGAGGGUAUCAUAGUGAAGGAGCUGCCCAAGACAUUUCGAGAUGCCAUCGUAUUCGCCGCUGGACUAGACAAGGUCGGCUUCAUAUGGAUCGACUCGCUUUGUAUCCGACAACCUAUCAAAGGGGAUGGUGAAAAUGAGGAGGACCAGCUACAAGACUGGUUCGAACAAACUCGUCAUAUGGGAAAUUUGUACCGGAAGGCUUUUCUGAACAUAUCUGCUACUGCUGCAUACGAUGUAAAAGGAGGUUUGUUUUUCGAACCCUGCCCAGAACUUCUCCGGGAAAACAAUAUUGAUGUGUAUUAUCCGGAAGACCCCGAUACUACACUGGAAAACGGUGUUGAAAAGACGAAUCCCUACGCAAGAUGCUCUUUGAUCGAUCCAUCAGCUUGGGACGACCUCGUCGAGAAUGCUCCAGUUAAUCAACGAGCCUGGGUCUUCCAGGAGCGAUUGUUAGCACCACGUGUACUCCACUUUGGAUACAACCAGCUCGCCUGGGAAUGUCACAAGUUCAACAGCAGCGAAAGUUACUCCUGGAGUGAGUUAGCAAUGAAACCAUCCAGUACCCCCGGUUUUACCGACAGAAGUUGCCUGAAGCACCUCACAGUCUCUGCGGGGCGCUCAUUCCGCGAAGCAAGAAUAGGCGACUUUCGAGAUUGCGACACGCAAAUCAAAGACAUAUACAUUUACGGAUUGUGGAAGAAAAUAGUGGAAAGCUAUUCAAGAAUAAAACUCACAGAGCACAAUGACAAACUUACUGCAUUGGGCGGCAUAGCAAAACUUUUCCAUGACGAACUAUUCAGCCCAGACCACAGCCAGACAUAUGUCGCCGGACUAUGGAGUGGCCACAUCGAAAGUCAACUACUAUGGACCGGCAACUCGGAAAGCGGACCCUCAUGGUCUUGGGCCUCCAUCACCACUCCACAUGGGAUAGCCUACAACGACAUCACAGACUACGCCUCGCCGGACGACCGAUGCACCAAGUCUCUCUUCUUCAAAGCCAUAUCCCACACCCUCUCUCCCGCCGACCCAAACAACCCCUUCGGCAUGCUAACAUCCGCUCAUAUACUCCUCGCUCCCGACCACCUUCACGCCAUCAAUCUCAUACAGCACCCCAACGGCAGCCCCAUACCCUCAUCCAUCUCAAUGCCUCAACUUCCGACACCGACAUCUUUGAUCAGGACGCCCAGCUAUAUUGCAUGUCAGCUGCAUAUAUAA